AUGAAAGUACAAGAAACAGACACGUCGUCAGUGGCGCCACUGUGUGUCUUUUUGAAAUCGAAACAUUGCGAAGCAUGUACUAACCCAAGACUUUAUACUCUUUACGAGUAUGCAGUAUGGAAAGAUAAUUUUGUAAAGUCCUCGGUAACGUCGCUGGAUGUGAAGUCGAAGGACGAGGAGAAAGCGAGUAAAAGCACUGAAGGAACUGUUGAAGGAAAAGAUGGGAGGAGAGAAAAGAAAGCGAGAACUUUUCUUGGACCAUUGAGUUUGGACUUUGGAGGCUCUAGCUGUUGUAGUUCGAAAUACGGAUCACAUGGGAAUGAAUAUUAUCCGUCACGUUACGGCAGUCGACCUGGUAACAGAUACGACUGGCAGAGUUCAAGUUAUCCAUUAGGAUUGACCGGAAGUUCUGAAAGUUUUGGAAGACCUGGUGGUAACACUUACUAUGACGACAGGUACGGAUCACGGCCGGACUAUGGAGGUUCCGGUAGACCUGGUAGACCAAGUUUUAGUAUAGGAGGCAGCGGUGGAUUUGGAGGAGGAAGUCCUGGAGGUGGUGGUAGUGAGUAUGGUGGAGGUUUCAAAGGCGGCCGUCCAGGAUCUUUUUCGGGAGGUUCUGGUAGUUUUGGAGAAGGAAGUGGAGGAUACGGAAACGGUGGAUAUGGUGGGGGAUACGGAGGCGGCGGUUAUGGAGGUAGACCAAGUUAUGGCGGAAGACCAGGUUUAGGCGGAGGUGGACCAGGUUAUGGAAUUUCAGGAACAUUUGGCGAUCAUACCACAUUCGGAGGCCAUGGGGACGUAGGAGGAUAUCCUGAUGACAGUUCUUCCUCAAAAAAUAUUCAAACCCAAAAGGCUUUAGCUCUUAAAGCAUUGGCUGGUGUCGCUUUGAUUGGCGCUGCAGCAGCUUUGGCUUCCAAUCCAGUUCUUAUACCUUUGGGUGCCGUUUCAGGCAGAAGGAAACGCUCGAAUAAUUAUUACGAUCGAGAUCAAAGCUACGGGACUGCCACAAAUGCCAAUUACCCCAAUCACGAUGAGAUCACCCAGGAUGACAUAAUACUGAAGAACUUGUUGACUUCUCCUAAAUGCAUCGCCAGGUUGGCUUGUGAAGUUCAACGUGAUUACGUGACUGAUAUUAAAAAAUACAAAGAUACCACAAAGAAACACGGGAGUAUAUAUCACAAUUUGGAAAAUCAUUUUUCGGACUUGAUACGUACUAACAUUUUGGAUUCAAAAUAUGUACGAAAACAUCUAAAAGACGAAAUAAGGAGAGCUGUUUCCGUAGGAGCUAGUGAGGGAAGCUGCAAAGUGUUUCCCUGUGAUCUAACAACAGCCUGAUACUGAUAUUACCUAAUGGCAAUAACUAUCUUAUCAUAUUGAGAUAUUAAAGUUUAAUUAGUGAAGAUAAUCUAGAA